AUGGCCGCUGGUGAAACCAGUACAAUACAAGGAUUGACACAUAUUUCAACAUCAUCAAACAAUUGUGCACGAUUAAUAUGGUUCACCUUAUGGUUAGCUGGUGUAACCGGUUUCCUGACUAACCUUUCACAUGUUGUAGCACAUUAUUUAUCACGACCAGUUUUGACAAGUUACCAUGAGGAUCAUGAAGAAUUUGUGUGGCCAGAUAUCACUUUCUGUAAUACUAUGGCACCGUAUAAUUUAAAUACACAGGAAAGACGAGCACUGUGGAAUGAAUAUGUCAAUCGGGCAAGAAAUCUUUCAACAAUGAAUCAUAUACCGAAAGAGUUAUUUCUAAAUAUUGGUGGAAUUAUUACUAAUGAAGUUAUCAUCCAGUCACUUGUACGUUCGAGUAUACCACAUUGGAGAUUCAAUGUUGGCAAUGUGAACGAUAUGUUUCUUUUUAUCGCUCGACAGGACAGACAUCAGGGGAUACGAUUGACAGUAGACAUGGAUGUGAAAUUAACUAGUAUGCCAAAACCAUGGAAAAAUUAUUUUUAUACACAAAUAUUACAAAAAUAUUAUAAUGUACUAUGUCACAAUUUUCAGUCUGAUCUCCAUAGUUAUUUGAUUAUCAAUUCUUCGCACUAUUCACACAUAAUCGAUGUAUACAUCACAUUACCGAAUCAUUUCCCGGCAACAGCAGUCAUUGAAUUAACCCCUGGAUAUAACCAUCGUGUACAAUUAGAAAUGGUACGUCAUCAACGUCUCCGAGAGAAGCGAGGAUGUCAUAAUAAAAACUUUUCAGCAAUGAUAUACGACGCUGAUCUAGUGACGAAACGUCGAAUUUAUGAUACUGGUGGAGAUUUAUGCCAUCGAUUAUUAUCCCAGUAUUUAUAUUUACAAGAAUGUCAUUGUUAUAGUCCAUUUCUCCCGUAUGGUUAUUUUCCUGAUUUACUUAAUAUAACUGAUAGUAUUGAUCAUCACCAUCAUAGAAAUAAUACGAACAUUAAUGGAUCAAUAUUCCAGCCAGUCUUGUGUUUGAAUAUGUCAGUGUUCAAUGACUAUCAAUUGGUGGAAAAUUUGAAUUGCAUGAGCCGCGUAUUCAAAAAGUACAGUAAUGCCAGUUUAUAUCUGAGCUUAGAGAAAGCUCAACAUUGUGAAUUUUAUGCACAAUCAACAAAUUGUGAUGAAGUGAAGUAUAAUCAUUUCGGUAUGGUGAAUAACCCAAUACCAGAUUUAUGGGGUAGUGCGCAUAAUGAAGCCAGAACUGGGCUCUUAGUCAACAUAUUCCAUCUCCUUUCAAACCAAAUUAUGAGUGACGAUCAAAAUAUUUACGGUAAUGGUCAUAUUUCAAGUGAAAACAUGAAAGAGGUAUCACGAAAUGAAUCAGCACAACAAGAAAUACUUCAACAAUUACGUAAUAAUUUUGCUUUAUUAACGGUAGAACGUAUUAGUCCUCGUGGCAGACUUGUUCUCGAAGAGCAUGAAUACCCAUUAGGUCGAUUAUUAUCUGAUAUUGGCGGUAAUAUGGGAUUAUGGAUUGGUAUAUCUGUGAUUGGUUUGUUUGAAUCUUUUGAACUCAUCGGUUGCAUCAUAUAUGCAUCGAUUAAUUAUUUUAAAAGCUUGACAAUGCGUUUAUUCAAAUCACGAUGUUUUUAG